ACAAUUACAACUUAUUAACUUGCGCAGGUUAUCCAAUAACACACAAAUACCUCAUCUUAAAAUACUAAUAAACAAUUUUUAUUUUGUAACAGUGUGACGCUAACUUAUUUAUUUUGUAAUUCAUUCGUGAGAUGGCGCUGUAGUUUUGAAACGUUACGGUAAUUAUAAUAAAACCAAAACCGAAUCAUACUGCCUUCGACUAUGUUUUCAAUACCUUUAAAAUAUCACUAUUAGUUACCAGAGAGGUUCAUUUAAGCGCUGUAACGCCUUCCAUCAUGAAGUGUAAUACACACUUUGAAACUUUAUCUUUACUGAUUGUUUAAUCCAUUAGUUAAGUUUAUAUAACAAAGAAAUAAACAUAAAACAAAAGCCUACAGAACGGCCUUGCAUUGCUAUUGAUUAAUAUGUAACUAUUUUAAAUGUUGUCACCCCACACAUGCCACACUUCCCCCUAAUUUUCAUUGCAAUGGCAGCACUGAGUCAGCGCGAAAAUCAAUAAUCUGCUUGUAAACAAGCUGACCAAAUGUAGGGCAAACAAGACUCGUACAAUUUUCAUGUUCCACAAUUAUUGUUUCUUGUAAUAAUUUGGUUUAAAUACUUUGUUUUUAUUUGAGAGUGAUAGGAUAGCGUUGUAUAUAAGGAUGGAUACCGCAAACGUGGGUUACUCGUACCAUUUGCCAUCGGGCGGCUGGAACUAUAAGAUACGCAACACAUUAUCCCAAUUUAGUGAUUUAUUCAGCGAUUUUAACAAAUAUAUCGCUCCGGCAUAUCAUCAUGAUCGGUGUGAAAGAUCAGUACCAAUGAGGAUGUAUUCCAUGCACAAAGGGGAGUUCGUGAUGGUUUUUAUAGCGUUUUUAGCUUGUUUUGGCUUGGGUGUAUUUAUUGGACUGGCUGGGCCAUCACCAACGAUGAUGACGUCAAUCGCGGCGUCGUCAACCCUCAGCAACAUGAGUAGCAUCCACCAGGGCCCCUUCCACCUGCACAGCUUCGCGCUGGGGACGCGCUCGCAGCAACUCUGGUUAUACGCCGAGAUACUCACUAAUAAUGAUGAUGAGGAAAUAUUCGACAAGAGCUUCCAAGUUAGUAUUUCAAUAGAAGGAGUGCUGUCAGAUCACAGCACGGAGGAAAUUCUAUCUGAGAAUGAGUCUCCGAACAGGACCCAGCACUUAAGAUGUAAGAAGCGCGUGUGCGAGGAGGUCCGCUUGUUACACUUAGGGAUGGUGGACUACACGCAUUACGUCAUCAAUGUUAACUUCUUUGGCCUCCAGGAAUUUCAUAAGAGAUACUAUAUUAGAGAAAUUAUAUUCUAUUUUAAGACGUACAACCCAGCCUUCACACAACUAGAAACAUGGUUCCGAUUUAUAUUUGUAAUGACGUCAUUCAUCAUGACCUUCUGGUUUGCAUACGCGCUCCGCAAGUAUCCGCCCCCAGACUGGUCGAUAGAACAACAAUGGAUUUAUAUUUUACUUCCACUUCUAUUGACUUUUAAUGAUCCCCUAUUCCCGCUUAGGCUAAUCCCGGGCGCGCAUUUCUCUACCUUUUUGGGAGAGGUCGCUCAAACUUGUUUCCUCGGAGUCGUCUUGCUUUCUUGGGUGUCACAGUACCAUGGGUUAAGACAGAAUGACAGAGGAGUUGUUUCGUUCUACCUGAGCAAGCAAGCGCUGGUCAUCUCCGUGGUGGUACCAGGCAUCAUCCUAGCUUUCUGGCAGCAGUACGAUGGCUUUUUCGAUCCCACUAACAAUUAUAUGAUGAACCCCAACUACCCCAUCGUGAAACUAUGGUUCUUCAGUUCGAUUGUAGUUUACUUCUUAUAUUUACUUAUUCUAAUCAUAAAAGCUUAUAGCGAUUUGAGGAAUAUGCCGUUUUUUGACAUCCGCCUCCGUUGCCUGUCCAUCGUAGUGGGCACGGUGACGAGCAUAGUGUCGGUGUUGGGGCUGCAGGGCUGGGGCCCGGCCGCGCUGCAGGACCACUGGGCCGCGCAGCCCAAGGUUCACUUCGACACCUCCGCCCCCUUCAUGGCCAUGUACGGACUCUUCAACUUCUAUAUCUACAUACUGGCGUACCUCUACUCUCCUGGGGGCGGCGCUAUUCAUGAAACGACCAUUACCAAAGACAACCCCGCAUUCUCUAUGAUCAACGACUCGGACGAAGAGGUUAUCUAUGGUUCAGACGAGGAAAGCCGCCGCCCGCUCACCUCCCACCAUAGAAUCACUGUUGAUGAAGAUAUUUGAAUUAUCAACUUAAAAUAUUUUGCGUACCUAAAUGUAAAUUUUUCUUGUUAUAAAAUUCUAAAACAAAUUAGAAUGUAUGGUUCGUUUUAUUUGACCCUAACUUUUGUUAAUCAUUGAUGAUUUAUGUAAUUCGAUAUUUAGGUAAGCUCAAUCUAAAUAUUUGUUUGUAACGCGCUAUUGUAGGCAAACGCGCUAUUGUAUGUACUUACCGCCUACAUUAAGCAAUUAUAUAGGUACUGGCAUUUCCAAUAGCCUGGCAACAGUUUCUCUAAAGCAUCCUAAACGAUUAACGUAACGACGUCAUCAACUAAACAUUUUCUAAAGGGUCGUUAAGGUCGAUAAGUUAAGGUGCAGCUGAUACGCCUGCCAUAUCUACCUAUGAAUACAGAAUACAAAUCAGCAUGCUGAGCCAGACAGCAACCGGAAUUCUAAGAAUGUGGCUCUAAAGGAUGAGCGUUUCUCCUUUGUUUUAAACCAAUCUCCUUUAUCUGCCGAUGGAUAUCUUGGGUCUAUAAAAUUGUUAUUUAAAGUAGGUUGCGAUUAUAUCUGUAUUAAACCUACGUUUCGUUGGCCUCACAUUAGACUUAACAUUUAGUAGUAAUAAGCACUAUUGAUUGAAACUUUAGAAUUGUGGCACAAAUUCACAGGUAUUUUUAUUAAAUUCACUGAUGCUAACAUUGCAUAAUAGUCAUGGCAAGACUCGCGGACUGCGGUGUCAACGACCUAGCGGGUUCCUGGUUAUAACGAACCCAGUGAAGAGUAAGUUACUGAGAACGAUUACUAAGUUAUCUCGGUAAGCAACAAUGUAAACCAGUGAAGCCAAUACACCAGUGCACGGUGAGUACAGUAUAAACAAGAGCAAUAAGAAAUCGAUGCGCUCCUGGAUAGUUAGAAACUGAGUUUCUAUUCUCACCCCAACGCCUGCAAUCUCAAAACAAAGUAAGCCCGUUUUUUCUGAUAUCAUAUUUAGUAAGCCCAAAUCCAUUUUUUAUGGAAAUUCCGUGCAUGAAAUAGCAGGUCACACAAGUUCUAGACAGACGAUCCACUUCGAAGUAGUCGCUAGAGCGACCGCUCCCUAGUAAUAGAACAGUUGCAAGACCAGUUUUGUUUGCCAACAUAAACAGACCACCAAUAUCUUGUUCUUCUGUAUUUAAUCUCUAAGCCCUCAAACAUGUCUUGCUGUAUCAGCUGCUUGAUGUAUCAUUCCGUUUCACAUUCAUAAAAGGCAGCACGACUCGUGUCUUUCUUGAAUACAACCUUUCAAUGUUUUGUCCAAAAGCGAUUUUCCCAAAGUGUAAAGAUUCUCGGAACUUGGGAAUUUUACAACUGGAAUUACAUCUUUCCCAACAACCUCAGGGGUUUCUUGAUUAACAUACCCCAUAUGCGAUGACUUCAGGCUUAAACAAGAUAGAGAAGGAGACAUAAAACGCAAGAGAAGAGCAAACAUGAUUAUAUGCCGUCAAUUAUCCGUCUCCCUUCAAAGGGAAGUCUGAAUACCAUGUAUAAAUAAUCUCGAGAAAUUGGAUAAGCUAAACAAAGGCAAAAACAAAAAGAUCAUCAAAAUAACAAUCAUGUAUGCAACAAGACACUUUGCGGUAGGCAAUUUCUAGAAAGAAUUCGCUACGCUGAGCUCUGUCGAUCCUAUAUUUCCCCUCCACAUUAGGGUAAGUGGAAUAUCUCGAACUUUACAUUGCAAAAUUUUCCCCUCGAGAGAAACAGUCGUGGAAAAUUUCUGUAAUAUUUAUGGCAUUAACGAACUUGUAACAUACUCAUAAAUUAAAUACGUGAAAGAAAGCAUUUAACGUUCUCGAGAAACAAAUGCUUUACUUGCAAAAUGUAUGAGUG